AUGAAAAACAUCAUCUUUGUGUUCGCUCUCAUCGCUGCCGCAUCAUGUGACGUCUCACACAUUGUCCAAGGAGAUGGAUGGUUCAAAGACGAAACUGGAUAUCAUUAUACACAACCAGAGACUAAAUUCGAUGCACCAGCUGCAGAAGAACCAGCAUCAUAUGUAUCUGAAGUUGUCGCAGAACCAGAAAUUGUAAAUGAGCCAGAACAAGUCAUUGUUGAAGAAAUUGUCGAAUAUGUUGCCCCAGAAGCUGCACCAGUUGUCGCUGAUGCCGUUGCUGAAGUUAACCAAGACUACUUGCCACCACUCAACAAUGACUAUCUUCCACCAGUCCCAAAUACAUUGAGAGACUACCUUCCACCAAACGAUUCAAAGAGAAAGCGUCAAGUAGUCCGUAAAGUAUACCGUCGUUUCCUCAAGAGACACUAA